UCUUCAUCAAAUCCAACCGCCGCCCCCAGUUUCCAGCAGAACUGCACAGCCCAGCAGCCAUGGCCAGCAUCGUUAAAGCUGUGAGCGACUCGCCUUCUGCCUCGGGCAUCAUCAUCACCCUCCAUCCCCUGGUCAUCAUGAACAUCUCGGAUCACUACACCCGCAUCACCGUCCAACGACAGACAGACAUGCCCGAUCAGUCUCCGAGCGUUCAGCUGGUCAUGGGCGCCCUUCUUGGCACUCAAAAUGGCCGAGAAAUCGAGAUCUUCAACUCGUUCGAGAUUCCGUGCAGUGCCGUCGAUGGCUCGUACGUGAUGAACAAGGCUUACUUUAUUUCGAAGCGAGACCAGUUCAACCAGGUGUUUCCAACCUAUGAUGUCCUUGGAUGGUACUCCACGGGACUGGCUCCAACAUCCACCGAAUUGAACCUGCACCAGCAAAUGUCCGAAUUGAACGAAGGGCUGCUUUACUUGCAGCUGAACCCAACCGCCAUCGUGACCUCCAAAGAGCUGCCGAUCAAUGUGUACGAGUCAGUCAUUGACCUUGUUAAUGGACAGGCUCAAACGUUUUUCACUAAAUCCGACUACAAGGUCGAGACUGCCGAUGCCGAGCGCAUUGCUGUCGAUCACGUUGCCCAUGCUUCGAACAGUGGUCAGGGCAGCACAACCAUCAAUCAACUCACCUCGCAAAGAAACGCCGUGCAAAUGUUGCACACACGCAUCAAGUUGCUGAAGCAGUAUGUCACGGAUGUCAAGAGUGGUGUCAUUCCUGUGGACCAUGUAGUUCUUCGACAGAUCUCGAGUUUGGUUAGGCGCUUGCCUGUGAUCGAAACACCAGAGUUCCAAGAGGAGCUCAUGAUCGAGUACAGCGACUCCCUUCUCAUCUCGUACAUCGCAACUCUGACAAAGGGAGCCAAUAUCCUGAAUGAUACAAUCGAUGCUUUUAACUUUGCCGGAUUCAACGGCAAUCGCCGGAGCGUCAAGGGCCGUCGAGGAUCAGCGGGUAUGGGUACCGGCCAUUUUGCCUGAGUCGGUCGAAGCCGGCCUGUGCAGUCAGCAGCGUACCCAAAACGAAACGGGCCACCCUGUUUUGAGCCAGGGCUGUCGCUUGUUUCUGGGUCCUGAAUACAUCCACCCAUUGCUGCGUCGAGA